CAAGCAGGGAUAGACUGGGCUACUGUAAGAACACCUGGCUAUAAAGACCAGGACCCAGUCAAUCCUUGCUCAGUUGCCUGAGGUCUGCAUAGAGGACCACCUUGUCUCUGAAGAUGCCAGCCAGCUGCCAGUGAAAUGUCAGGAAAUCUGUUGUCUAGACCAUAGUCACUAAACCCUAAAGCCCAACACUGCUCAAAAACUUUGCUCACUUCGUCUUCCAAGGGAAUGGAGGGGAAAAAGAAGACGAAGUUCAGCUUCGAUAGAGAUUAGGUUUGGUUUAUAUGUCUUUAACAGCUGCAGCUAAACGAAGCAGUCCUAAGAUGCAGUGGUCCCCAUUAUUACAUUUCCAUGUUAGGAAAACGGUCUCCCUGGCGUCCGAGCGAGAACUCGACAUUUGUGCCAUUUGUGGGGAUACCACAGCAGGCAGAAUUCAGAGAAAACGUGGCAGCCUGCUUUCAUCAUGACUUCGACCUCCCGUCCGCAGGACAAGCAGAAGCCACUUCUGAAGAUUGCGCCGAAAAGCAGCAACCAUCCAAUAGCAAUAGGCCCGGAGAGAGUUUCUGCGCCGUGACCGGCAGCGGUCGCAGGCGGGCCUUUUCCGCACAACUUCCCGCGGGGAGCCCGCCCCGGCCGCGCCUGUUGGCAAGACACCAUGACCUGCCGCGCGUUCGUGGGGCUUCGGGCCGCCGCCGCCGCCCCCCGGCUGUGGGAAGGAAGCAGCCGUAGCUGCAGUCGCCGUUGGAGCAGCGAGCCGGGCAGCCCUCAGCCGCGCGCGGUGCGGAUCGGCUGCGCCUCAGGCUUCUGGGGAGACACGGCCGCCGCAGUUCCUCAGCUGCUCUAUGGGGGGAAGCUGGAUUUCCUGGUUUUUGAUUACCUUUCUGAAAUUACAAUGUCUUUACUAGCUAGUGCCAAAGCCAGAUCUCCGGAUUUGGGAUACACUCCUGAUUUUGUAUCAACUGCAAUGGCUCCUUAUAUAAAGGACAUACAUCGGAAAGGUGUUCGUGUUAUCAGUAAUGCUGGUGGAAUGAAUCCACUCGGAUGUGCUGCUGCUCUUCACCAAGUUGCCAGAAAUGCUGAUGUUGACUUGAAGAUAGCGGUUAUUAUUGGUGAUGAUUUGAUGGGAGAGUUAAACAACAUAAAAGAAACUAUUAUAAAAGGGGAGAAUGGGAAACUGUUUCCAGAAAACGUUCAGAGCAUGAACGUAUAUUUGGGUGCAAGACCAAUCAGCAGAGCUCUUGAUCUAGGAGCAGAUGUUGUGGUGAUUGGAAGAUGUGUUGACAGUAGCCUUGUGUUGGGACCACUAAUUCAUUCUUUUGGAUGGACUAGAGAUGAAUUCAACCUAUUAGCAUCUGGAAGUCUUGCAGGUCAUCUGAUUGAAUGUGGUGCUCAGUGUACAGGUGGAAUAUUCACUGACUGGCACACUGUGCCAAACUGGCAUAACAUCGGUUUCCCCAUAGUAGAAUCUUCUUCUGAUGGAAGUUUUAUUGUAUCCAAACCACCCAACACAGGGGGCCUGGUGACUUUUGGCACUGUGGCAGAACAGUUGGUAUAUGAAAUUGAUAAUCCUAAAGAAUAUCUCUUACCAGAUGUCACGUGUGAUUUCUCUCAAGUCUCCCUUACUGAAAUCACAGGCAUUGACAGUGGUGAAGUGAAGGUUCAAGGAGCUAAAGGAUUGCCUCCUACACCAUUUUACAAGGUAAAUGCCACUUAUCUUGAUGGAUUCAGAGCUACAGCUUGCUGCCCAGUGGGAGGGCCAAGGGCAAUAGAGAAGGGAAGAAGAACUGCUGAAAGUAUCUUGGAAAGGACACGGAUUAUGUUUCAUCAGCUGGGAUAUGAGGACUACAGUGGAGUUAACCUACAGAUUUUAGGUUCUGAAGAAACCUAUGGACCACAUGCAAAGCAGAACUUAGAGGGUGGUCCCCGUGAAGUUGUCAUUUGGCUUGCUGUAUUUCAUAAGCAGAAAGAAGCAGUAGAAAUCUUUUCCAGAGAGAUUGCUCCAGCUGGAACAGGAAUGGCACCUGGACUCACUGGAAUUAUUGGAGGACGUCCCAAAGUAUCUCCAGUCCUGAAACCAUUUUUCUUCCUUUAUCCAAAGAAGAAUGUCAAGAUCAAUAUAUUUAUGAAUGGACAACAUGUUGAAACAUUUCAGGAAGAUACUUCAUUCACUUCAGAUCUAACUGCAUCACAUGAUGAGGUUCAGACUCAAGAAGAGUUCAAAGAUCUACCAAGUGGUCCACAUGCGUAUCGUCUGGAAGAUCUUGCUUACACAAGAAGUGGAGACAAAGGCAACACAGCAAAUAUAGGUGUCAUAGUGCGCCACCCCCUCUACUAUCCAUACCUCAAGAAAACAUUAACUGCUCUGGCUGUAGAAGAUUAUUUCCGGCAUCUUUUAGAAAGAGAAUGGCCUGAAGAAAUCUUGGUAAUGCGAUAUGACUUGCCAGGAAUAUAUGGAUUAAACUUUGUUCUAAAAAACUCCCUUGGUGGUGGUGGUACAGCAUCUCUGAGAAGUGACCCACAAGGUAAGGCACUUGGACAAAUGCUACUCGACUUCAAGAUUAAAAAUGUUCCAGAUUUAAGGUCUUUGAUAGAAUAAUGUCAUCAUUCUCAUUCAGUUUUGAAAUUACAGUAUUUUAAAUAAUUUUUAAAAGCUAAACGUGCUGGUGGCAUUUAUCAGUUAAGGAUUUAACUAAUUCCUAAUGUACAGAUAAGAGAAUAUUCUGAGUAAUGCCAGAUCUGUUGCUUUGUAAGUCACUGGUAUUUCCUGUCUUCUGCAUUGGAUGAUGAUCCUAUUUAUUUCCUGUGAAUAUAAUUAAGCAAUAAAUUAUAGAAUAUUUUUCCAAGAGAUAACUGCUGUUCCCAAGUAAAAACUGCCUCUCUUUCUCUGCUGCUUGCUAGUACAGAUGUAAAACUAGCAAUACUAUGUGUAAUUGUAAUUAUUCAAUUUGUAUGGCCACCCAUCUCAUCUAAGCAUGAUGAGCAACAGCUGACCACAAUAAUAAUGGAAUACUACUGGAUUUGCCAUCAUUAAAACUUACUAACAUGGGAUCAAGACACUGUUAUUGUCUUUAUCUGGAAUAUUUUCUAGUAACUACUUCCUUAUGAUAAACAAGGCAACUUUUAUUUUGUUUGCAAGCAGAUAUAAACAACUGUUUCUUGUUCAAUAUUUUUAAGUGAAGCUUAGCUAUUGGAUUUAACUGAAGACUAGUAUAUAUAGUAUUUUAAAAAUUAAAUUAUGAUAAACUAUAUAACCUUAUGGUUACUGCAGAAUUAUUAUAUCUGUAAGCCUCAAAUAAUUUCAUACACAGCCAUUUGGAUUUGAUGUAGCUUAUAUGUGUGUAUUUGUAUAUAGAUGUAGAUAGAUAGAAUGUGCAAACUAUCAUUUAAUAUCCUUAAAUUCACAAGCUAGCAAAUUGGAUUUGCAGAUUAUCCAAUGCAGAUGUGGAUUAUCCAAUGCAGAUUAGAGUCCUUCAUGGAAAGGGAGAUGCCAGAUAUUCAAGUUGGUUUUAAAAAAGGCCAAGGCACAAGAGACAAUGUUGCUAAUAUACACUGAAUAAUGGAGAAAGCCAAAGAGUACCAAAACGUCAAUAUGUACUUUGUUGAUUAUAGAAAGGCCUUCAGUUGUGUUGACCAUGUGAAGAUCUAGAAUAUCAUUAGGAAAAUGGGAAUCCCAAAAUAUCCGUCUUCAUAAGAAACCUAUACACAGGACAGGCAGUCACAGUCCGAACAGAAUAUGAUGAAAUAGAGAGGCUCCAGAUCAGCAAAGGAGUGAGACAAGGCUGUAUAUUCUCUCCUUAUUUACUUGAGCUAUAUAAUGAAUAUGUUUCAAGGGAGGUUGGAUUGGAAAAAGAGUGUGGUUUUAAAAUUGGGAGAAAAAAUUUCAAUAACCUGAUUUAUACUGAUAACACUGCUUUGAUAGCUGAAAAUGCAAAUGAUUCAGAAGCUCUGAUAAUGAAAAUCAAGGAGAACAGUGAAAAAAUGGGAUUAAGAUUAAAUAUAAAGACCAAACUAAUGAUAACAGAUACAGAAACCAAAUUUAGCAUUUACAAUACAGUACUUUCAAAAUGUUGAAGUGGUGGAUAGCUUUUGCCUUUUAGAUCUGACCAUCAGUAGUAAAGGAACCAGCAGUCAAGAAUACACCAUAGUCUAGUGCUUGAUAGGAUAGCAGUGAAGGCCUUGGAAAAGAUAUUCAGAUAACAUGAUGUAUCUAUACCUACAAAGAUCAGAAUUGUACAGGCAAUUAUUCUCCGUGUGACUCUAUAUGGAAGCAAAAGGUGGACCCUGAAGAAUCAGAAUAGAAAUAGUAUUGAUGCUUUUGAACUUUGGCGGUGGAGAAGAUUCCUGUGAAUAUCAUAGUUAGCCAAGAAAACAAACAAAUGAAUAAUAGAACAAAUCAAUCCAGGGUUCUCACUCAAGGCACAAAUGACC